UGAGUGCAUAGUUCGCAAGGCAAGGGGUUGUCCAAGGACGUUGUCACUUUUGGGUUGCUCCUGGGACCUUCUGAGCAACCAUGGCUAGGGAAAUUGUAUAUGCUGAUUUAAGGCAUCUUGGGGAUUGUUCUCCUGCUGAGAAGCAGUGUGCACCUGCCUUCUGUCCAUGGUGGCACAGGCUCCUUUUCAUAGCUGGGGGGCUGGGACAACUCAUCCUGCUGGUCCUGGUGGUGGUGCUGAGUGUGUGGGUUUUUCAGGGCUCCCCACAGCCAGUGGAGACAAGCAUUCCGCAGCUAGGCAGUGGGAUCCAGGGAAGGAACCAGGUGGAGCAAUGCAAGUUUUCAUCCUUGGUGCGGUAUUUCUGCAAGCCCCAAGGGGACAGCCCCACAGCCUGUGCUGGCUGCAAGCUGUGUCCCCAGGACUGGCAGCUCCAUGGGGAAAGAUGCUACUGGCUUUCUGAGGAACUGGGAAACUGGACUCAAGGCAUGAAAAACUGUGAAAAUCAGGAUUCCCAGCUGGUGGUGCUCCAGGACAAGAAAGAAAAGGAGCACAUCAAGACUGUUACAGGCAAGAGUCCACCACCUGUGUGGAUUGGAUUAAUGUCACAUCAGAAGGUGUGGAGAUGGGUGGACAACACACCUUUCAACCCCAAAAUGCUUGGCCCCUCUCUGCACGAGAUGGGUGAAGGGUGCGGGACACUGAGAGCCAAGGACUUUGAAGUUAAUAGAUGUGACGCUCUACACAAGUGGGUUUGCAAAAAAAACCCUUUCCUGCUCUGCUCUGUGACAGCAGAAGACAGAGAGAAAAGCAAAACCUCCAUCUGACAAAUACCCACCCCAAGAUGCCCAUCCCACAAGACAUUUGCUGGCAAUAUUUGGGGUGAAAUAGCCCCAUCCUCACAGAUACAGCUUUUCAGGAGAUUUCAAGGUUUGCAAGUCCUCUUACCAUGAGGAUGAAGACCAGUUUUGGGGGCACAGAUGAGACCCUGAGCUGGAGGAUCAGAAAGGUCUGUGCCUCAGGCACAGUGUUAAUUGAG